AUGAAAAAGGACCAGGCCGACACAUUAGGUUUUGUCCCUCAAAAAGACAUUGUCUACAACAAACUCCUUCCUUAUGCGCAUAAACUAGACAAUGAAUCUAAUGUCAUUUUGGCCAGAAUCAAAGGGAACUUGGCUCGGGCUGUCCAGCUCAGGGAGUUAUGGCCCGGAGUUUUGUUCUGGACAAGGAAGCUCUCAACGUACCUUCGUCUCUAUGGCAGAAAGUUCAGUAAAGAGGACCAUGUGCUCUUCAUUAAGCUCUUAUAUGAGCUGGUCACUAUCCCUAAGCUGGACAUCAGCAUGAUGCAGAGCUUUGCACGACUCCUCAUCAACUUACUGAAGAAAAAAGAGUUGCUGUCACGAGAUGACUUGGAGUUGCCUUGGAGACCUUUGUAUGAACUCUAUGAGAAGAUCCUUUACUCUAAAACUGAGCAUCUUGGUCUCAACUGGUUUCCAAAUUAUCGAGCAGAAGCCUCCCCUAAACAAAAAAUGCUUAAUUAUAUGCGCAAGCGCUCUGUCGAGAAUGUGCUGAAGACACUGGUGAAAAGCUGCAGAUUGUAUUUCCCUGAGUCUGCCACACAGGAAAUGUUGGAUGAGUGGCGGCCAUUGCUGUGCCCAUUUGAUGUCACCAUGCAGAAAGCUAUCAGCUACUUUGAGCUCUUUCUGCCCACCAUUAUGCCACCUGAGCAGCACCACAAAGGCUUCAAAUUAUGGUUUGAUGAACUGAUGGGUCUGUGGGUCUCAGUACAAAAUCUGCCCAGCUGGGAGGGGAACCUUGUGAACCUUUUUGCUCGUUUGGCCAAUGACAACAUCGGCUAUGUAAACUGGGACCCUUACAUCCCCAAGAUCUUCACCAGGAUUCUGCGGAGCUUCAACUUGCCUGUAGGCACGAGCCAGAUGGUGGUCCCGAGAUACCUGACCAACUCUUAUGACAUUGGCCAUGUUGUCCUGUGGAUCUCCUCAAUGCUGGGAGGUCUUCAGAACCAGGCCCAAAUACAGCUCAAUGGCCUAUUCAGCAGCAUUGCCUCCUUCUACCAUCCUUCCAACAACGGUCGCUGGCUGAUGAAGCUGAUGAAGUUGCUGCAGCGUUUGCCAGCCAGUGUGGUGCGGCGACUGCAUCGUGAACGCUACAAGAAGCCAUGCUGGAUCACGCCGGUCCCUGCUAGCCAUCGCCUCACUGACCAGGACAUCACAGACUUUGUGGAGAGUAUGAAACAGCCGGUUCUUUUGGCCAUGUUCAGCAAGACAGGCAGCAUGGAUGCAGCCCAGGCAUUGCAGAACCUGGCUCUGAUGAGACCAGAGCUGGUCAUCCCCCCUGUGCUGGAAAAGACGUACCCUGCCAUGGAGACCCUGACUGAACCUCAUCAGCUGACAGCCACUCUCAGCUGUAUGAUUGGCAUGGCUCGCAGCCUGCUCAGUGGUGGGCACCAUUAUCCUGAAGGCCCUGCCCACGUCCUGCCUCUACUCAUGAGGGCACUGCCUGGGGUCGACCCCAAUGACUUCAGCAAGUGCAUGAUAACAUUCCAGUUCAUCGCUACAUUUACUACACUUGUGCCUUUGGUGGACUGCUCCUCUGCCCUUCAUGAGCAGAAUGACUUGACGGAGAUGGAAAGAGAGCUGUGUUCAGCCUCGGCUGAGUUUGAGGACUUUGUCCUGCAGUUUAUGGACAGGUGCUUUGCACUGAUUGACAGCAGUACACUGGAGCAGACACGAGAGGAGACAGAAACUGAAAAGAUGACUCACCUGGAGAGCCUAGUAGAACUGGGCCUGUCCUCCACCUUCAGCACCAUCCUCACUCAGUGUUCCAUGGAGAUAUUCAAGGUGGCACUAGAGAAGGUCUUCAACUUUGCCACCACCAACAUCUUUGAGACACGAGUGGCAGGACGAAUGGUAGCAGACAUGUGCAGAGCAGCCUCUAAGUGUCACCCUGCUGAGUCACUGAGGCUGUUUGUGCCCCACUGCUGUAAUGCCAUCCUGCACAUUACUGCCAAUGAGGAUGUUUUGAAUGAGGAGGAGCUGGAUAAGGAGCUGUUGUGGAACCUCCAGCUGUUGUCAGAGGUGACACGUGUGGACGGAGAGAAGCUGCUCCCAUACCGCACACAGCUGGUACAGAUCCUGGAGCUGACCUUGCGGCUGCGGUGUAAGCAGGGCUACAGUUUGGCCUGCAACUUGCUGCAUCACAUCCUGCGCUCCACUGCCCUCACUUACCCCACCGACUACUGCAGUGUGCCGGGUGGCUUUAACAGACCGCUGAACCAGUACCUGCCCAUUAAGGACUGGGGUCGUCCAGGCGACUUAUGGAACCUGCAGGUCCAGUGGCAUGUGCCCAGUGCUGAAGAGACAGCCUUUGUGUUCUACAUAUUGGACCUCCUGCUUCAACCAGAACUACAGCGUCUGCAGAAAUACUCCCAGGGCGAGCAGGACAUGAGCAGAGAUGAUGUUCUACAGAGCCUUUCCAUUGUCCAGCACUGCUUGCUCGGGGCUGGCUGCAUGUUGCCUUCUCUGAACGGACCACCUGUCACUGGCCUAGUUCACAGCAUGGUUAGUAUGGAGGAGACAAAGCUCUACAUUGGAGUUAACUAUGAUGAGUCCAGAGAGAACUACAGAGAGGCCAUCUGUAAAGUCAUGAGACAGCUCUUGCAUUAUAUCCUGGAAAAUUCAGAAGAUGACACCAAGUCCCUCUUUGCCAUCAUUAAGAUCAUAAAUGACCUGAUGCAUUUUAAAGGCUCUCACAAGCAUGAGUUUGAUUCACGUUGGAAGAGCUUCACUUUGGUUAAGAAAUCUAUGGAGAACCGACUUCAUGGAAAGAAACAACACAUCCGAGCCCUUCUCAUAGACAGAGUACUUCUGCAACAUGAGAUGCGUACACUGCUAGUGGAGGGCUGCGAAUACAAAACUAUUCACCAAGAUCUGCUUACAGAUCUUCUGCGUCUCUCCACCAGCACGUACAGUCAGGUUCGCAGCAAGGCACAAAGCGUUUUAUUUACUGCUCUGGGUACAUAUAACUUCUGCUGCCGAGACAUUACCCCUCGAGUGCUGGAGCUGCUGGACCCCAAACGGACAGAUGUCACCCAGCAACAGUUCAAGGGUGCUCUGUACUGUCUGCUGGGAAACCAUGGAGGGGUUUGCAUGGCUAACCUGCAUGACUGGGACUGCAUUGCUCUGACCUGGCCGGCCAUGGUGCGCUCAGGCCUCAGCCCUGCCAUGUCCUUGGAGAAGCCCUCCAUCGUCAGGCUGUUUGACGACCUUGCAGACAAAGUCCAUCGUCAGUAUGAGACCAUUGGCAUCGACUUCACUAUGAUGCAGAGCAUGUUGGAACUGGGCCGGAAGAUUUCAGAGACGGGCAGUCCUGCUCCUCACAUGGGCUCCCCUUCAGAACAGGAGAUAGAGAAGGGACUCGCUCUGCAGCAAGCUAAAAAUCUGGAUGCUGUGCAGAAAUAUGUAAAGCUGGUUAACGACCUCUUAGAGUGCCUCGAUGACAGGGACCUGCCUUGGAAGUUUGAACACAUUGCCAUAGGCUUCUUGUCUCUGCUGCUACGAGAUGACCAUCCUCUCCCUGCUCCAGCAGUGCGCUUUUUUGUCCAGAGUCUGAAUCACGACGCACUCAUCGUGCGCAAGGUGGCAAUAUCUGCCGUGGCAGGCAUACUCAAGCAGCUGAAGAGGCCGCGUGUGAAAGUGGCCAUCACACCCAGUGACAUCAGUGGAGUCAUGGAGCGAGAGGACCUGGUAGCAGGAGACAGACCAGGAAACAGCUGGCUUCAGUAUCAUGCUGACAGUUUGCCACGCACCCAGCAAGACUGGGACAUUUUCCGCUUUGUGGAGAAGACUCACUGGGGCUACUACUGCUGGCCAAAAAAACUGAUGUUGUAUGCUCCUUAUGAGGAGCAGCCCAAAGACCUGAUCCCUGAGGUGAUGAAUGAGAGUGAAAAAAUCAUACACGACCAUUUCUCAGACCCCAAGUUCAUCAACCAGCUUAUUGAGUUUUUGUCACUGGAGGACCGCAAGGGCAAAGACAAGUUCAACCCUCGUCGCUUCUGCCUCUUCAAGGGCCUGUUCAGAAACUACAGUGAUGCUUUCCUGCCUGUGCUUAAACCUCAUAUGGAGCGUUUGUCUGGUGACUCCCACGAGAGUACUCAGCGCUGUGUGGCAGAGAUCAUCGCUGGCCUGGUGAGAGGCAGCAAACACUGGAGCUUCAAGCAGGUGGAGGCCCUGUGGGCAUUCCUGAUUCCUUUGAUGCGAACAGCGUUAUCCAACAUCACAGUGGAAACCUACACCGAUUGGGGCACAUGUGUAGCUACUGCUUGUGAGAGCAGAGACCCGCGGAAGCUGAGCUGGCUGCUGGAGAUGCUGAUGGAAUGUCCUCUUAGUGGAGAAGGGGGCUCAUUUGUAGAUGCCUGUCAUCUGUAUGUGUUGCAGGGGGGUCUAGCUCAGCAGGAAUGGAGGGUUCCAGAGCUGUUGCACAGGCUGCUGAUCUACUUGGAGCCCAAACUCACACAAGUGUACAAGAAUGUCCGAGAGCGUAUCGGCAGUGUGCUGACAUACAUUUUCAUGCUUGAUGUCACUUUGCCGAACACACUGCCCACAAAGUCUCCUCACAUUGCUGAGUUCACGGAGAGGAUUGUAUCUUGUCUGAAGCCACUGCUGGAAGGAGAGGAGGAGAUCCAGAACCAUGUGGUGGAAGAGAACGGAGUGGGUGAACAGGAUGAGAGAACGCAGGCCAUCAAACUGCUCAAGACUGUGCUGAAGUGGUUGAUGGCCAGCGCCGGGCGCUCCUUCACGACUCCCGUUGUCCAGCAGCUUCAGCUCCUUCCUCUGCUCUUUAAGAUUGCUCCAGUGGAGAAUGAUGAUAGCUAUGAUGAGCUGAAGAGAGAUGCUAAGACCUGUUUGUCUCUCAUGUCCCAGGGACUCCUCUAUCCAGAGCAGAUCCCUCUGGUGCUCAAGGUUCUGAAUGAGAUUGCAGGGAGCAGCUCCUGGCAUGCCCGUUUCUCCGUGCUGACCUAUCUGCAGAUUAUGGUCUUUUACAACCUGUUUACCAUGCUGAGCAAUGAGCAGGCAGUCCAAGAUGUCCGAGCAUUGGUUAUCAGACUCCUGGAAGAUGAGCAGCUAGAGGUGAGGGAAAUGGCUGCCACCACUCUCAGUGGCUUCCUACAGUGUAACUUCUUGACCAUGGACGUCUCCAUGCAGACGCAUUUUGAGGCUCUUUGCAAAACCAGGCUGCCUAAAAAGAGGAAGAGAGACUUGGGUUCUGUUGUGGACACCAUACCCUCAGUUGAUCUGGUGCGGCGCCAUGCAGGAGUGCUAGGUCUCAGUGCCUGCGUUCUCUCCAGCCCUUAUGACGUCCCCACCUGGAUGCCCCAGCUGCUCAUGGACCUCAGUGCCCACCUCAAUGACACACAACCCAUCGAGAUGACGGUGAAGAAGACCCUGUCGAAUUUCCGCCGAACUCAUCACGACAAUUGGCUGGAGCAUAAGCAGCAGUUCACAGAUGACCAGUUAGUGGUGCUCACUGACCUACUUGUGUCACCCUGCUACUAUGCCUAGACAGAUGAAAUAGGUAUUUUUGGAACAUUUAUUUUUGAAUCAUUUGACUCUUCAGUACUUCAGUGGUUGUGGACUAAGAUGCACACCGAAUAAGGAGAGGACACAUGAUGAGGGGGAGUGACGCAAUACCUUGAGUUUGGGGAGGGGGGCGGGGGGGAGACUCUGUACGUACUGUAUGUAUGUAUUUAACCCACAUUUUGCAUUUCUACUAUACUUAAUAUUUAAGGUUUACCAGUGCAGGGAUGAAUGGCCUGCAGUCUGUAAUAAUAUUGUACAGAUAGAAUUUUUUUUUUUUCCUCCCCUUUUCCUCUAUGCGUGAACAUGUGGAUGUGCAAUGGGCAGACUGCCUGUGGGUCUGGUCUCCCACUCAAGCCCCUCUCCCAGGCAUUUGCUGAAUAGGGGUUGCCAAGUCUGGUCUCUUAUUGGAACGUUCAGACAUUCAGAUUUUAAGUUGUAAGGCAAUCAAUUCUAUUGACUUUUCUACUUUGAUUAAGCCCCUCCUCAAUCAGUAAAGGCAAAUGAGGCCAGGCAGAAGUCCAGCAGCUCAUAUAAACUCAAAUUUUCCUGAAGGCGGUCUCUGAGAUGGAUGUUAAGACCCUCCAGCAUCAGACACUGGGCCAAGCUCUUGUACACCAGCGCCAUAGACGUACCGUUUAGAGUGACUGUGGUUUUAAUGAUGGGUUGCUCCGGACUGUCUGAUGGGAAUCAGACCGAUGGCUGUUAAGUACCACUCAGCUCACAUGCCAUCAUAAGUUUUUGUGUACUGUUUGUGUAUUUAUAUAUGUAUAUGUGUAUGUAUGUACUGUACAUAUGCAUUUAUCUAUGCAUAAACGUAUUAUAUGUCAGUUCUGCUAGAAAGAAACAGUCCUUGAAUGACCAGCCAGGUUUGAGUGAAAAUGCCUAUGUGUAUUGGCGAGUUCAUGAACAGGUAUGAAGUGCAUGUGCAUGAUGGCGUGAGUGUGCAUGUUUGUAGUUUGAUGAAGUGAUGAUUGUGUGUAUGUCUUGUUAUUCAGAGUUACUUAUGUGGCAUGUGACUGGGGAGCCUGAAAGCAUACUCCGUCCAGACACAGACACGUUUUCUUGUACCACCCUUUUCCCCAAGCCUAACAGACUUAAAGCAGUAGUGUCCUCUGAGGCAUACACUUACACAACCAUGAAGAGCUUCAGGUUACAUACUGACUCCAAUUGGGAGUGAAUUCUGGAUAGUUCUGUUCUGCAUUAUGGAGUGUCCAUAGCAGAACCACUGUGUAGCUUAGUGCCAAAACUGCAGUGAGUUUUCUCUAUUUUUUUAGAUGUACUGUUUGCUUGUUUUACCCAAGAGAAAGCCAAUAAACGUAUUUUGUUUUUAACAAACAGAAAAA